GCUGCAUUGGAACAGUCCUCUUUAACGAGCAGAUUUGCUGAGAGAGAGAGACAUACACACACACAUGGAUCAGGAGAGAGAGAGAGAGAGAGAGAGAGUAAUACAGAGAUCCAGCCAUAGGAGGAGAAGAGAUUGUGAGACCAAGACAGGAGGCAGGCAGGCAGGCUGUGCGUCAGCCGGCACCCCAUAGGGAAACAUGGACACAAGCAGGAGAUGCUGAAGAGGACAGAAAACAGGAUCAUAUAGAUGGAUGUUAUUUCAUCAGGCGGGCAACCUGAAGGCAGCCCACGCAGAGGAUAAACCACUUAUGGACGCAGUGGAUUAAAGAUAUAGAGACAGACUGAGAGAGAGAGAGGGGGAAUAGAGGAGGAUAAAUUAAUCAAUUCAGUUGUUUAUUUUCAUUGUCUGUGUGUGCGCACUUGCUGCCAGAAAGAUUGUGUGUGUGCCUACAAAUCGUGUGUGUGGGUUAGGCUGGAGACUGCAUUGCUGCUCCCCGGCACCACAGGACAGACAACUAAAAGAAGGCAGCCAAGCAGAUUACCUUAUGUGAUUUCUGUCUCUUCCUCUCUCUAUGCGUGUGUCCUUCCAUGCACAACCAGGCACAGUGUGUGUGUGAAGGCUGAGAAUAAGAAGAGGAUGGGGAAGCUUGAAGUGAUCUACAGAUUCUAAGCCUGACUCUAAAUGGUCUUCUAUUUUGUCUGAUCAUCAGGACCGGACUCAAAGAAAGAACUGCCUUUUUCUUCAUCCCUCAACACACAGCUCAAGUUUGGGCAUUGCUGUUGAUCAGAUGGUUUGCUUCUUUGCCGGAUAAUUGGAGGAUUGAAGGGCUGCCACCGGAGAGUCUUCUCGACUCUACACCCAAGAGAGGUGGGGGCAUCAUCAGGUAGGAGGCAGCAGAACGCGGGGGUCUGAGCGCAAAGCCAGAGAGGAGUAGGAGGAAGAGUUGUGCGUGUGUGUCGUUGACUGUGUAGGCAGGCCAAGGGGCCAGCCGGGGGGCCGGAGAUGGUUUUAACUCCUGCUGAGAGAGGAUAAUGGCAGCUCUGGGCCCACUCCCCUCCUCUCUCACCUGCAUCUGCCACAGACAAGCUGAGAAGUGCUAGCCCAUGCUACAACAGCUCAGCAAAAGGAUGGUGUGAACAGCAUCACCCUUUCCCACCAAGCCGGGAGACCCCUGACACCCCAGUGAGGGGCCACGUUGUGUUGCUCACCUCUUUUCUCCCUGCUCUUCUGCCAACCAGCUGAAAACAAGGGGUGGCAUUGCUUGAUUUCUGUGGGAGUUGUCUCCCCCUCCCUCCCACUCUCUCCUCCUCCUCCUCCUCCACACCCCUAACCUCACCCACCUCCAUAUUUAGCUCCAUGGAUUGCUUUUAGCACCAACCUGUCCGUCUUCUUUCUCCCUACGUUUUCUUUUUUUUUCCUUUUUCUUUUUGUCGAGGCUUCAGGGGAAUUGCCAAGACCUGUUUCAUGCAUGUCCACUGGCGGCAGGUUCAACUUUGACGAUGGGGGGUCAUACUGCGGAGGGUGGGAGGAGGGCAAGGCGCACGGCCACGGGAUCUGCACAGGACCCAAGGGCCAGGGCGAGUACUGCGGUUCCUGGGCCCAUGGCUUCGAACUGCUGGGCGUCUACACCUGGCCCAGCGGGAACACCUACCAGGGCACCUGGGCUCAGGGCAAGAGACACAGCGUGGGCAUCGAGAAUAAAGGCCGCUGGGUGUACAAGGGCGAGUGGACGCAUGGCUUUAAGGGACGCUACGGCCUGCGGGAGAGCACGGGGACGAGUGGGAAGUACGAGGGGACCUGGAACAACGGGCUGCAAGACGGAUACGGAACAGAGACGUACUCAGAUGGAGGAACAUUUCAAGGCCAGUGGGUCGGCGGGAUGCGGCAUGGCUACGGAGUCCGGCAGAGUGUCCCAUACGGCAUGGCGGCAGUCAUCCGCUCCCCGCUCCGUACCUCCAUAAACUCUCUGCGCUCCGGUUCGGAGCACAGCAACGGCACAGCUCUGCUGGACCGGACCGGCGCAGUGGUUCCUGGUACUCAUCCUGGUCCUGGCACUCUGACCACCAGCGUCUCCAUGUGCAGCACAGGCAGCAGCGGCAGCAGCCCCGCUGUGUCUCGGGGGGGGUUUGUGCUGACGGCGCACAGCGAGGCUGAGCUGCUUAAGGGAAAGAGAAAAAGUGGACUGUUCCGGAGGUCCAUCCUCUCCGGGCUCAAGCUGAGGAAGUCCGAGUCCAGAAGUUCUUUGGCCUCCCAGAGGUCUAAACAGAGCUCGUUCAGGAGCGAGGCUGGGAUGAGUACCGUGUCCUCAGCUGCAUCUGAUAUCAACUCUACUAUCAGCCUCGGAGAUGCAGAUGCAGAAUUGGCCGUCGCAGACGACGAUGUGGACGCCACGGCAACAGAGACCUACUGCGGGGAGUGGAAGAACGACAAGCGAACAGGAUUCGGCAUUAGCCGGCGGUCCGACGGGCUGCAGUACGAGGGGGAGUGGCUUAGCAACAAGCGCCAUGGCUACGGCUGCACCGCGUUUCCUGAUGGCACAAAAGAGGAAGGGAAGUACAAACAGAACAUUCUGGUGAGCGGCAAAAGGAAGAACCUGAUCCCGCUUCGGGCCAGUAAGAUCCGAGAGAAGGUGGACCGAGCCGUGGAGGGAGCGCAGAAAGCCACCGACAUCGCCCGGCAGAAGGCUGAGAUCGCCAUGUCCAGGACGGCUCAUGCGCAGGGUAAAGCAGAUGCAGCGGUCGGAGCUUCCCAGAAAGCCCAGGAGGAGAGUCGCAUGGCUAGGGUCACCGCCAAGCAGUUCUCCCCUUCCUUCCAGCACCCAGGAAACGGCAUGGAGGUGCAGCGUCCGAAACGUCAGGUGUCCAGCGAGGUGGAGGGCGAGGGGUUGUCGAGUAGCGCCGGCACCGCCGACAGCCCCGAUCUCUACGUAAAGAGCGCAGCUUCCGACGACCCCUCUAACGAUGCCGCUACCCCUGACCUCAGCCCCCCUUCUUCUUCUUCGCCACCACACACCCCGCCUCCCCCUGCCAGGCCGUCCCAUCGGAGCAAAAGUGCCCGUUUCCACCGGCAGAGCGCCGUCGAUGAUGGGGACAAGGCGAAGGAUGGAGGAGAAAGGGCUGAGAAGGGUGGAGGAGGAGGAGAGCAAACGGAGAUUCAGGUGUUGAUGGAGGGUGGAAGUGGGGGAGGUGAAGACGGAGGAGGGGGAGGGAAGGGGGAGUACCUAAGGGCCAACAGCUGGGGUGAGGACAAGAGGAGAGGGAUUUUGUCCAAAGGAGGAGGAGGGGUCAGUGGGCGAGGAGCGAGCCGGACCAACGGACACAAACACAGCUCCUCCAAUCACAAGUCCCGGGAGCAUGGAUCAUCCAAUCACAGACAGGCCAAGGGGGACAAGUGGACGGAGUCGUCCUCCUCUGCCUCUUGGACGUCGGGGCACAGGGGCGUGCGCGAAGGGGGGGGGCGGCUGCUGGAGCAGGAUGAGGAGAAAAUUAGCAAUUAUGAGAUGGAGAUGAAGCCUUUACAGCCCAGAGACUCCACUACCCACAAGCCCCAUGGGCACGGGGAGGAGAGGCAGGGGCAUGCUCACGGAGAGGGGCGCUCCCACACCGUGCAGAGACAGAGGCAUAAGAACUGUGAAGGGAGGGAGGGGAGGGAAGGAAAAGAGGGCAAGGAAGGGGGCAAAGACUCACAGCACAAGCUGGACAGACCAGGGGAAAAGAUGGAUUCACGGCCUCUACGUCGGGACCUCACCCUCUCCCCCCCUCUGAAGUCCUCACCCAUCACACGAGAGCAGCAGGACCUCAGCCUCAUGCAGAGCAAAGGGAACUCGGCUUACAGCUCCAUCCUGGUUGUCAUGGUGAUUCUGCUCAACAUUGGAGUGGCAAUUUUGUUUAUCCACUUUUUUAUUUAAAGACAGCACUGCUUUCGGAGUCAGCCUAUCUAUGCUACGAACAACUAUAAGUUCCUAUGAGUAUUACGACCAAUCUGCUGCCCCUUGGUGUUCCCAGUGAGAGGACUGCAAGCCGAGGGAAGACGAGGGCCGAGGAAGGCUCCAACGAUAUUUGGACUAAGUUAGUUAACAAGGGGCUAACCUUGGCUAAUUUGGUCCAAUCGUCUUAAAAAGAUGCUCAAGUGCAAAGCCCAAAGAAGCGAAGGAACGAGGGGUAAACCAGGCCAGGUAACGGGACUACAGGGAGAUACAAGUAGUCCAGAAACUGGACUUAAGUGGGCUUCAAUGGCUCAUAUUCAGACUCAAACGGGCUGAAGAGUUCCGAUCCGAGGCCAUGAGAGCUGCAGCUGGCAUUACAGCGAGAUGUCUGCUUCCACUGUCUGCAGACAGGACUGACCAGACAGACUUUUUCAUCUUCAAAUCAUAGUUUUCAACAGAUUUGUAACUUUAUUUAUUAACAGUUUCUCUCAUGUACAAUAUGUUGAUGGAUAUAUUCUUUAUUUUGUAACCCUCCACUCCCUCUUUAUAUAACUCCUGCCUUUUGGUUCCUCUGCCUGCCUGGGAGUUGUUACAGACGGUUCAAUACAGGUGUGUGUGGGUGUAUGUAAGACUCAUGAGUGUUUGCUGCCUGGAUACAUGGUCAAUGACUUUCCAUUUCCAUACACACACAUCCAUUGUUUCUACACUUUCCCUGUCAUUCAUCAGUUCUAAUGUCCGUCUUCUGUCCUUUUUUACAGUACGGAAGCCCAGAGGGGCAAAUGAUAAAAAAUGAAAUUCUGCAGAUCCCUUUAGGAAGUCAUCUUAAUGGUUUGUUCUGUUAAACAAUAGGAUAAAAACGUUUUUGCAGGAUAUUUUUUCUAAACAACUUUUCUUUUUUUUCAAGAGCGUUUUUCUAGGGUUUGUUGUUGUUAUACUAAUUUUGGUCACAUUUUGUGUGAAAGUGAGUGUUUUUGCAACUCUAUCAAGCAGGCAUGUCCUUGUCCAACAAUGUGUGUGGAUGUACAUGUGUGUGUUGUGUGUUUGUGGUCUCCAAGUAGCUCAGUGGCCUUUCACGCUGUUCAUGAACUUUACAAGAGCAUCUCAUGAAGACACGGCAGCAGCUCAUCCACAUCUAGCCUACUAGCAUCAGCUGACAGCUGUGCCCCCCGUCUCUCCCUCCCACACUCUCCCACCUCCACACACCAGUCAGAGGAUGGAGCUUCCUCUGAGUUGGUGUGAGUUCAAGACAGAGCGUGCACAGUCUCCCACUGCUUCUCUCAAAGCAUAACCUGAAUAAAACACCUUUAUACUAUACUUGCAAGAUGUCUGAAAAAAACAGUCGCCACCUGCCUUGCUUUUGUAGCGCAAUUUGAUUAAAGUAAGACAAUGCAUGCAUAAUGGCCUACUGUAAUAUCCUAGUUAUGUGUUGGAUCUGAAAGCUUCAGAAGCACAUGCAACAUGUUAGGUUUUGAUAGGAGCAGUGUCUGGAAAGAAGCUAGGAUUAAAAAGUACAGUCAAUUACUUUAUGGACUUUUAUAUAUCUUUUUCUGGGUUAAAUUAAACCUAUAUGUGGGGAUAAGUGAUGCUGCCAGCUCCCUAAGGGAACUAGCAGGUAUUUUGUAGAAUCAAAUAGUGGCCAGGAUCAAACAUCGAGAUUUAUCGCCACUUUUACUCAACCUUUCUUCCAAAGAUCCAAGACUUAAUAGACAAGCAUACACAUCAGUCACAAUAGAGUGGUGCAGUUUUGAAGUAUUCUUGUAUGACGACCUGGAAGUUAGCAUCACAACUGCUCCCUCCGCAGAAAGCAAUGGGAUCUUUCCAUUGGAUUAAAAAAUAUCUGGAAAAAUAAGCUCAGUGUCAAACACAUGGCAAGAGAACCUACACAUAUUAACACCAAUUUUUUUUUUUUAAGUAAAUGCAAUCGACAGAAGUAAAAAGCUAACAUUAGGAUAUAAAUGAAAUAGCUACAUCAUGCAUCACAAGCGCUAAGCUAAAGGCGGCUAAUGUUUGGAGUAGUGUAAUAGUCUUAUUAAACCCCUUGUUAGCAACCACUAUUUAUGAGACAGAAGUUUGGGACAUUCACCAGUGGGGUAUUUACUGACGUAUUUUAUGUCGUAGGACAAAAGGUGAAUUUCUCUUAAGCUUGUUUUAACCACAGACCUUAUUUCAGGCAUCUAAUAUGUUCAAAAAAACGUUGACUAGAGACGAGGGAAGCUGAAGUGGUAAAAUGCUAACUAAUUUCCAGCUUUUCGGAAUGAUUUUUUCACCACUAUUUGUGUCUUUUUGUAAAGGUUUUUCUGUACGUGAAUGUGUGUGUCUUAAAGUAGCAGACCUUACCAGCCUGUUUGUUUGCAUGUGUGCAGAUGAAUGCUCAUCGAACUGUGUGAACAUGUGUGAUCAUCCUCUUCUUUACACAUGAUGGGAUGGCUGAACCCGUUGCCAUUGGUAACAACUUCCAGGGAGCAGGGAGGUUCGCAGUUGUUUUUCUGUCGGACAGCGUUUCUUAAACUGGAACUCAAACUCAGCUUAAGGCUAAUUUCUGGUUUUCCCCCACAUUAUUACAAGAGUACAAUCUAAUGUGCCUGCACCCCCCGGGAAGCAGAACAAUGUAUUUUCAUUUCAUUUUGGGUCCAGACUGAAACAGGUUCAAGAAGCUCUGCUGUAUGCCAUCAGCCAGGUGACAAUGCCCUGCGUCACCCUGUUAGUCCGCAGCAUGCUACAGCAUGCCAAGCUCUCUAUAGUUUGACUCUUCUUUCUUUCUUUCUUUCUUUCUUUCUGUUCCUGAGAAUUACUCUGUUUUGUUUUUGAGUUAUGUGGAGAAAAUAAUGAAAGUGUUUGAAA